GGGUCUUAUCAUCCUGUGGGUGUCCGUGUUCAAGCAGUUACUCUAAUGACCCAGGGCUUUGAUAUACAGCGUGUUGAAGCUAUCACUGGCAUGUCUAGCUGGACUAUCAAGCGCUGGGUUAAGAAAGCAAAGGAACGUGGCUUUAACCCAGAGAUAGAUCAGCGGAUUUUGACUGAAUAUGUGGAAGAUGACCCCCGUCCUGGCCGUCCUAAAGAGAUCACUCAAUCAACUGAGGAUUCUAUUGUUUCUUCUAUUAGAAAAGACCAUGCUGGACAUUCUUAAGAAGCAUGGCUUUCACAGUGUCAAACCUACCAAGAAACCAGGCCUUACUGAUGAAACCAGAAAAAAACGCCUAGAUUUCUGCCUUGCCCAUGAAGACUGGACCCUGGAAGACUGGAAGAAUGUGAUAUUUACAGAUGAGACCUCGGUGGCUUUGGGCCACCGGCGUGGAGGAGUUAGGAUAUGGACUUCUUAAUCUAAUAGGAAGUCCUAGUUCCAAAGCUGAUUCCAUUUGCUAAAUAAUGCAUGAUUGAGCGUCCAAAAACUUCAGUUUUAGAGGAUGGAGCACCUGCUCACUGUCAUCAUUUUCAGGCAAUGACUGUGACGGCUCAACGACCAGA